CCUCUUUCCUUGCAUAAUUGCACGUGGACAUUUGUGCAUAGAUAAGGAUUCUGCGGUCGGUGAGAGAGUUAUGGUGCACUUGAAAUACUUUUCUUAUUGUACUGUUCGACCCAAAUACUUUAAAGAUGAAAGAAAAAGCUUUCUUUUUUAACCACCGAUCAAUCAGAUAACGUAGGAGAUUGCAGACUUUCAUAUGUUCCUUCUGUUUCACAAGAAACUUGAUCCUGAACUGCUGUCAUAACUCUUUCGAAGGUUCAAUCUUCAAUUUCUGAUGAAGCAUGUCCUUCUACGGCGGUUCUUCCUAUUCUGCUUCUGAUUAUGGUGAGUACAAUUUCAACUCUUAUUCUCUCAAUUACGAUUAUGCUCAAAUUUCAUCCCCUACGGCUUAUUCGGGCUAUGAGUACAAUCAACCAUAUUAUGGAUAUGAUCCAAGUUUAUAUUAUGCUCCUAAUUACCCUGCUCAGACUUACCCAACCAUAUCAUACUCAGCCACAACCUAUAGUGAUCCAAAAUCAGUUGUGUACGAUCCCAAUUAUGGUAUGACCCAUCUUGUCAUUUCUUACUCUAAUGCGGAAUUCAAUGUGCCCGAAUUUGAGGAGUAUGACUCAACACCUUAUGAUGGUGGGUAUGACAUUGAUCAGACCUAUGGUAAACCUCUACCACCUUCAGAUAAAAUUUGCUAUCCUCGUUCUGGCUCGAGUCCAAUUAGUAACCCCAUUCCUAUGGCCAUAGUUCCACUGCCUACUAUAGAAGAGGGAACUGAUGAGAAAGCAAUCACACCCCAGAAUGGAACUGCAGCCCAAAUAGCUGAAGAAAAACCUCAAUCACAAGACAGUGGCAGAGAUCAGCAAAGCAAAGUUGAAGACAAUAGCCAUGAAGAUGAAGGGAAUGAGAGUGAGGGAAGUGACCAUGGAGAUGAUUACCAUGUUGAGUCUGGUGUUGGUGAAGGGUACAGUGGAGGACAGGGUUAUGAGAAUGAGAAGCAAGUGGGUUCUCAAUAUCCUAGUGGAUAUGGGUUGGAAGCUGUGGACAUUUGUGAAAGCUUAUUUGGGUAUUGGCCUUGUUUGGAACGUAUGAAGAAGAGAGAAGAAUGUUAUUGCAAGGAAGUUGCUUACAGAGGAAACCAGUGUCAGGAAAACAUGUGGCAAGGUACUGCAGAUUAUCUAUUUGGCAGUCCAUAUCCUUAUGGAAAUGCGGAAGAUGGAAGUGGCUAUGGAGGAGAAGCUGUGUAUGGCUAUCAAAGGCACUAUCCAAUGCAAGCACAGUACAAACAGAUUGAUUAUAAUGCCGAGUUUUGGUGACACUCCAAAACAAUUUAUUUAUUCUGUGAUGUAACAUAAAAGUUGAAGGUGUAAAGCUUGUUUCUGUGGAAAUAAAUGUGAAAUUUGGAUGUGAAAACAAGAAA